AGCAUUGAGUUGAAAGGCCGGAAGCGGGAAGAGGGGUUCCGGAAAACACUGUCUGGGUAACUUUGGUAUUUCACGAACACUCCCUCUGCAACUCUUCAGGGUCUAGGGUUUCUCUCGAUCUCUCUUUCUCUGUGCAGCUCAAUCGUGUUUACUUCUGCAAGGGUAGGUCUUCUUGGAUAUUCCAUUUGAGGUUUUCUCUGUCUCUCUCUCCGGCCAUGGAUGAGAGUCUCUACGACGAGUUCGGCAAUUACAUAGGCCCGGACAUCGACUCCGACGCCGACUCUGAAGAUGGUUCCCCUCGAGGCGACGCCGGCGCAGACGAAGAGGAGGAUGAGGAGAUGCGCGGAGCAUCCGACGACGACACGUCUGCCCCAAACGGCUGGCUCACGGAGCGCCAGGACGCCCGCGAUGCUGCGGAGGAGCUCGAGGGGCAGGUGGUUUUGGCCGAGGACAAGAAGUACUACCCGACGGCGGAGGAGGUCUACGGCGAGGGCGUCGAAACGCUGGUCAUGGACGAGGACGAGCAGCCAUUGGAGCAGCCGAUCAUUAAGCCCCCUCGCAACCUCAAAUUCGAGCUUGGCGUCAAGGACUCCUCCACGUACGUGUCCGACCAGUUUCUUCUUGGCCUCAUGUCGAACCCGAGUCUUGUACGCAACGUCGCCCUUGUUGGCCACCUCCAUCAUGGGAAGACCGUCUUCAUGGACAUGCUCGUCGAGCAGACCCACCACAUUUCCACCUUCGAUCCCGAUAGUGAGAAGCACAUGAGGUACACAGAUACUAGGAUUGACGAGCAGGAGAGGAGGAUAUCGAUCAAGGCCGUGCCCAUGUCGCUUGUGCUCGAGGACGGAAAUGGGAAAUCAUACCUCUGCAACAUUAUGGAUACGCCUGGACAUGUCAAUUUCUCGGACGAGAUGACCGCUGCUCUGCGGCUGGCGGAUGGAGCUGUGGUGGUCGUCGAUGCGGCAGAGGGCGUCAUGGUAAACACAGAAAGGGCUAUACGUCAUGCAAUACAAGAAAGACUGCCUAUAGUUGUAGUGAUAAACAAGGUUGAUCGCCUGAUAACUGAGCUCAAAUUGCCACCAACGGAUGCAUACUUCAAGUUGAGGCAUACACUUGAAGUUAUUAAUGAUCUUAUCUCAGCUUUCUCUACCACAGCAGGAGGUGUUCAAACGAUUGAUCCAACUGCUGGCAAUGUCUGUUUUGCUAGUGCAAAUGCUGGAUGGUCCUUCACUCUGCAAUCGUUUGCGAAAUUAUAUGUUAAGCUUCAUGGGAUACCAUUUGAUGCUAAUAAGUUUGCAGCUCGUCUGUGGGGAGACUUGUACUACCAUCCUGAUACUAGAGUUUUCAGGAGAAAACCGCCACUUAGUGGAGGCGAAAGAUCAUUUGUGCAAUUUAUUCUUGAACCUUUGUACAAGUUAUAUAGCCAAGUUAUAGGUGAACAUAGGAAAACUGUUGAGUGCACCCUUGCUGAGUUAGGUGUGACACUUAGCAAUGCAGCAUAUAAGUUGAAUGUGAGGCCUCUGUUGAGAUUAGCAUGCAGCUCAGUUUUUGGAUCUGCAACUGGAUUCACUGAUAUGCUUGUGCAGCACAUCCCGUCUGCUAAGGAUGGUGCAAUGAGAAAGGUAGAUCAUAUCUACACAGGACCACGUUCAUCGUUACUUUUCGAGGCUAUGAAAGAGUGUGAUGCAUCAGGGCCUCUCAUGGUUAACAUUACAAAACUUUACCCUAAGUCUGAUUGUAGUGUCUUUGAUGCGUUUGGUAGAGUUUACAGUGGAAAAAUCCAAACUGGGCAGACAGUGCGUGUGUUAGGUGAAGGCUAUUCGCCUGAUGAUGAGGAAGACAUGACAGUUAAAUUAGUCACAAAACUGUGGGUCUACCAAGCUCGUUAUCGACUUCCCAUUAGUGAAGCACCAGCAGGUUCUUGGGUUUUAAUUGAGGGUGUAGAUGAAUCCAUUAUGAAAACUGCCACACUUUGUCCAUUGGAAAUGGAUGAAGAUGUUUACAUCUUCCAUCCCCUACGCUUUAAUACCCUUCCUGUUGUGAAAACAGCAACUGAGCCCCUAAAUCCUAGUGAGUUGCCCAAAAUGGUGGAAGGGCUUCGUAAAAUCAGCAAAAGCUAUCCUUUGGCAAUAACCAAAGUGGAGGAAUCUGGUGAGCACACAAUAUUAGGCACUGGAGAGAUAUAUCUGGAUUCUAUAAUGAAGGAUCUGAGGGAACUAUACUCAGAAGUGGAAGUCAAGGUGGCGGAUCCUGUAGUUUCAUUCUGUGAAACAGUUGUGGAGUCUUCCUCAAUCAAAUGUUUUGCAGAAACACCAAACAAGAAGAAUAGAAUCACCAUGCUUGCUGAGCCACUUGAGAGGGGCCUGGCAGAAGAUAUUGAAAAUGGCGUUGUCAGUCUUGAUUGGUCGAGGAAGACAAUUGGAGACUUCUUCAAAGACAAAUAUGACUGGGAUUUGCUGGCCGCACGAUCUAUAUGGGCAUUUGGACCAGAUAAGCAGGGGCCAAACAUACUUUUGGACGAUACACUACCUGGAGAAGUAGAUAAGAGUUUGCUGAAUGCUGUCAAGGAUUCAAUUGUCCAAGGGUUUCAGUGGGGUGCACGUGAGGGACCACUUUGUGAUGAACCCAUCCGGAAUGUUAAAUUUAAAAUCCUGGAUGCGAACAUUGCAUCAGAGCCUUUGCACAGAGGUGGUGGUCAGAUAAUUCCUACAGCUAGGCGAGUGGCAUAUUCAGCUUUUCUCAUGGCAACCCCACGUUUGAUGGAGCCUGUGUACUAUGUGGAGAUCCAAACUCCUAUUGACUGUGUUUCUGCAAUCUAUACUGUGUUGUCACGGAGACGGGGCCAUGUAACUGCUGAUGUGCCAAAGCCAGGGACCCCUGCUUAUAUUGUUAAGGCCUUUUUGCCCGUGAUUGAAUCUUUUGGUUUUGAGACAGACCUGAGGUACCACACACAGGGGCAGGCGUUCUGCAUGUCAGUCUUUGAUCAUUGGGCUAUUGUUCCUGGUGACCCAUUAGAUAAAUCUGUUGUUUUACGGCCUUUAGAACCUGCACCAGUUCAGCACUUGGCUCGUGAGUUCAUGGUCAAGACUCGAAGAAGGAAGGGUAUGAGUGAAGAUGUGAGCAUCAACAAGUUCUUUGAUGAUCCUAUGUUGCUUGAGCUGGCACGACAAGAUGCUGAUUUGCAACACAUAUUGUAAUUUGAAAUCAAUGGGUGGUGGUUAUCAGAAACUUUGCCUAGACUACCGACCGGUUCAACAGGGCAAUGGUUCGUUCCUCCUGAUAAGUCAAGGUCAGAUGGUGCAUUCGAGGGGCCUCAGCAAUGGCAUCAUAGGCAUCGAAUUCUACAGCUUGUCUAAGUUUACACCAAAUAGAAUCAUUGCUGGGAGCGUCUAGCUGGUUUGGGUAUGCAGGCCCUGCCUAUGCAUGAAUUUGGCAAUGUUCAUGCAUUUGUUUUUAUAGGUGGCUGCAAAAUAAUUAAAUGUUGUCUCGACCGCAUGAAGAUACCUGUAGUUGUACAUGAUACCAGUUAGGGUAUUGUGCCCCAAAGGUUAUUUCUACUUCGGUUUAAUUUUUUUUUA